AUGCGCCUGCACGCGACUGGGCGGCCGUUUGUCGAACCGCACGUCGUCGCGUCGCUCGUGCCGUUACUUCAGCGCAACUUGACCAAACAGCUGCUUUCGCCUCGUGACGCGUCGCGCGUGGGCGCGAGCGUCGCGGCCGUGUUCCGUUGGGCCGACAAGACGGAGCGCGCGCUCGAGCUGCUGUUCGUGCGACGGUGUGUGAACGCGGCGGACGCGUGGAGCGGUCAGGUGGCGUUCCCAGGCGGUCGACGGCAGAAACAGACGGGGCCGAAUGUCGACCGGUCGCGUGCACGCGUUGUCGCUGCUGUUGCCGACGGGUCGAACCAGUGGACGCAGUGGGAGUCGCUCCGUGAGACGGCGCAGCGCGAGACGAAGGAGGAGGUGGGACUGGACCUGACGCUGCCGUGCGUGCACUGGAUUGGCGCGUUGCCGCCACUUCAGACGCAGCUCUCGCGCUCGGUACACGUCAGCACACAAGUGUUCUUCAUUGACGCGGCGGCAGACAAGCACGCGUAUACGCCAAAGCUGCAGGAAUCGGAGAUUGCCGAUGUGUUUUGGGUCGACGUGCAAGAGCUGUUCAACCCACGACGGUAUCAGGUACUCUCGUACCCGCUAGAACAGAGUCUGUGGAAGCAUCCUCGCGUGCUAGCCGUUGCCCAACGAGUGCUGGGGAACAUGCUGUUCGACUGCAUCUACCUGCCACGACCGAAACGCUCCGUACUGGACGACGAUGACGGUCUCUCGCAUCGAGACGUGCACGACUUUGUACUGUGGGGCAUGACACUUCGCGCUGUCACGCAGCUUUUCGCAGUCACCGGUUCGUCGCUGCCAAUGCGUCCGACGACGGCACAGCGGUUCGAGAAGUCCAAGUUCCUCGGCCCUGUUGUACUGUAUUGCCUGCGCCAUCGCCUCGCUGUCGCCGUAGGCACUGCAACGUUUCUGUCGUCCGUAGUCGUCGUGCACCUCGUCAACCAGGCGCUGUAA